AUGUCAGCCAAUGCAACAUAUGACUUUGUCGUGCCCAUCUUCAUUAAGGGCCUGACAGCGUACGACCACAUUCUCUCCAAAGCUGAGGCAUAUGCCAAGGAAAAGGGAGUCGAUGUCGACGCAACAUUCUUCGAGGCUCGUCUGGUCGAUGACCAGUUGCCACUGCACUUCCAGGUUCAGAACACCGCGAAGCUCGCACAAAUCAACCUCGGCCGCCUAACGGGAGAGAAUGUGACACCUUUCGAGGCUGAGGAAAAGACUGUUGCGGGCCUCCGGAAAGUAGUCCAGAAGACACUUGAGUUGCUGAAGUCUAGCGAUGCAGCCAAGGCUUCGGGGACGGAGCAGAACACCAUCGACCUUCCUACCCUCGGAAAAACACUGAAGUCUACAGUCAAGGACGCUGUUGUGAAUCAUGGCGUGCCAAACUUCUAUUUCCAUUUGGUCACUGGGUACUCCAUCCUCCGAGCUAAGGGCGUGCAACUUGGCAAGGCCGAUUACAUUUCCAGCUUUUUAGGAAUUUAA